AUGACUAAAGUUGUUAAGGCUAAGGAAAAUAAAUCUGUUGCUGCUACUUCUACUAAAGUUGCUGGGAAGAAAAAUGCUGUGGAGAAGAAUACAACCACAACCAAAACAACAGCUAAAGACAAGGAAAAACCAACUGCAACAACCACACGAGGUCGUAAGCCAAAGAAGCAACAAGAACAGGAGGAUAAUGAAGAGGAGAAUGAUGGAAAUGUUGUUGUUACUGAAAAGGAAACUAAGGGGCGUUCCAGAGGUGGUUCUAAACAAGCUGUUGAACGUGCAAAAGAAGCUGGAAACAAGAAAGAACGUAAAGCAGCAACAACAACAGUAAAGACUACAACCACUAAGAAAGCCAAAAAGAAGGUUUCAACAUCUGAAGAUUCUGACGACAAUGAUAAUAAUACAACUUUUGAUGGCGAAGCUGAUGAUUCGACAGUAAUGGAAGAUUGGACUGGUGGUGAAGGGGAUCCGGAACUUUGUCAGCUUGCAAGUUGUAAACGUCCAAAGGAUAUGAAAAUUAAUUGGGUUGCUUGUGAUGGUUGUGAUAAGUGGUUCCAUACUAUUUGCAUUCUUGGAAAGAAUAUUAAUCUUGACGAUGUUGCUAAAUGGUAUUGUACUAACUGCAAAGAUGACAAUAUCAAUGUUGAUGAUGUUAAUGAGGAAGUUGAUGAUGAUGAGGGUGAUAUGAGUAAUUAA